AUGGUGGAGGUGCAAUUUGUAUCGCUGUGGUCGCACAGUAUGGCCCGCGAUCUGGUGUUGACCUACGAACAACAAAUGGACCGUAUUGAACCCGAACUAAUGGACGAAGAUGAGAUCAAACAAUACCUGAUUAUAAUGGCAGAUCUAAGGGAUUUCGCCCGCAAGAACCUGAAUCAAUUGGGGCUGUAUUUGGGCUAUCUGCCGAAUUCGCACCCAUUUAUCAGUGGUGUCUAUGGCACGGGUGGUGUG